UUCAAACACCCUUCUGCUUACUUAUUCAUCAUUUUCCUUAUUUCUUCUCUAGAUUUUAUUCGCAAAAAUAUGGGUCUUGACUGCCAUGGGAUUGAGAACAAGAAAUCAGUUGCUAUAGUUGGCCUGAAGAUCUUGAUUAAUCAGAAGCUUUUUCAGGCCAAGGCAAACCCUAAUAAUGUUUCAAGAUUCACUAGAGUCAAACCCAUCUUCCACACAAAUCAUACUGAAUCUAGCAGCAAUGAACAGAAUUCUUGCUUCCUUAAAUAUUGUUUCCUUUGCAACAAGACUCUGAGGCUUGACAAACAAGUUUACAUGUAUAAGGGUGAAAUGGGUUUCUGCAGUUUGGAGUGUAGGCACAGGCAGAUUUAUUUGGAUGAAAUUAAAGAAAUUGAGACGUGUACUAAGAAAAUGUUACUAUCUUUUCGCCGAUGUGGAGACGGUGGUCGGUUCAGUGAGACUUCGGCGUUAUUGGAGGAGUACCAUCAGCGACGCAACCCCUUGUCAUAUUCCAAGAAUCGACCCAUAUUUACAUUCUCAUAAUUCAUUCUGUAUGCUGGGUUCGCCUACUGUGUGACCAAUCGAGGCUGAAAUAUGACAUGUCAAAGCUCAAGCACGGGUUAUAUCAAACCAAGGUGCGAAAUUAGAUCGUCGAGCUCGUGACCCCAGAACCGAACAAGAUCGAGACCGAACAAGACUGAAGGAAAUUUGCCGAGCCAAAUAAUGGAAGGCCGAAAUAUCCGCGAUCGGUUGAAAAUCUCGGCACGUAUCAAAAAGAAGCCGAUUAAUUAGCAAAUCAUGAAAUUUUUUACCUUGUAUAGAAUUGUAUCUAUAGUAGGACACCCCUACUAUAUAAAGGGGGGUUUGAUCAUUUGUAAAACAUAUUAUAAUACACGCCAAAAAGCAAUACACUGUUAUUUUUAGUUCUCA